AUAACUGAUAGUUUUUUAUUAGCAUAUGAUUUUUUUGUCAAAAUAGUCUUUUGAAAUCUCAAUCCAAUACACCCCCUUAAUUCUUCCGAACCAAUUCGGAUUUUAGAUUUAGAACUAAAACCAUAAACCACAUAAACAAAAAACCCAUACACAAAAUCAAAGGUUUCUUACUCUCGUUCUUUCUUCCUCGCCUCCAUCUUGAGGGGUUAGAAAAAAUAAGAAGGGUCUAAAGAGAAAUAAAUAAUCUUUCAGUUAUAUGGUAGUAAGCCCAUUUACUCUACAACCCGUGUCCAAGAAUCGACGCACGCCGGCGGCACACGUACUUCUCUUCUCUUGGCUUCUUCGUCCCUGCAGUGCACUACGUCCAGGUCCUCUUCUCUCUUCUAUCCCUGCACCGCCACCUCCGCCCAGUCGCCCACCACAGCCGUCGCCGUCGCCUAAGUGACCUUCUUCAAUUCAAGGGCCGAAAUGGGUGAAGAAAAGCAACACAGUAUUCCCGCUUUGCCAUGGAUGAGAGACCCUGUCGACAUCACUCUCUCUCAACAACUUCCGCUGCAUUCUGUUCCUUCUCUCCACCCCAAGUUGAAGUCAGCGCUGGAGGACUUGGGAAUCUCAAACCUAUUCCCAGUGCAAGUCGCAGUUUGGCACGAAACGGUUGGCCCUGGCAAUUUUGAGCGAGACAUUUGUGUUAACUCACCCACUGGAAGCGGCAAAACCCUCGCCUACGCUCUCCCCUUAGUGCAGAUGCUGUCUGAUCGCAUCACUAGAUGCCUCCGCGCCUUGGUUGUGGUCCCCACUCGCGACCUUGCUUUGCAGGUCAAACAAGUCUUUGAUGCCAUUGCGUCUCCAUUAGGCCUGUGCGUUGGCUUGGCCAUUGGUCAAUCAUCCUUAGCCGACGAGAUUUCCGAGCUCGUUGAAAUGCCGGCACAUGAUAUAAGCACCUACUAUGAUCCGCAUCACGUUUCACUUCCUCGCUUUCAGAGUAAGGUUGACAUAUUGGUAGCAACCCCUGGCAGGCUUAUGGAUCACAUUAAUACUACCAAAGGCUUCACGCUUGAGCAUCUUUAUUAUCUUGUGGUUGAUGAAACAGAUCGGUUGCUUCGUGAGGCAUACCAAUCAUGGUUGCCUACUGUGGUUGAACUGAUCCAAUCUAAUGAUGACGGUUUUUUCCAACCGGCUGAUUCUUUUUCCCCCUGUUCUGUUGGUGCAUUAAGAACCAGAAGAAGAUGUGGAGUUGAGAGGGGAUUCAAGGACAAGCCUUAUCCCAGGCUGGCAAAAAUGGUUCUAUCUGCGACAUUAACUCAGGAUCCAGGCAGGAUUAUUCAGCUUAAUUUGCAUCACCCUUUAUUAUUGAAAGCUGGACAAAUGCGUUAUCGGCUCCCAGAAAAUUUGGAAUCUUUUAAACUGAUUUGUGAUAAAAAUGUGAAACCCUUGUACUUAAUUGCCCUUUUGAAAUCCCUGGGAGAAGAAAAAUGCCUAGUUUUUACAAAAUCUGUGGAUUCAACGCACCGUCUCUGCCAAUUGCUGAAUUGUUUUGAAGAUCUACAAAUUGAUAUCAAGGAGUAUUCUAGUCUUCAACAUCAACGUGUAAGAAGCAAGACAUUGAAUGAAUUUCGGAAGGGGGUGUUUCAAGUGCUUGUAUCUUCUGAUGCGUUGACUCGUGGAAUGGAUGUUGAAGGGGUAAGAAAUGUCAUUAAUUAUGAUGUGCCCAAAUACAUAAAAACUUAUGUUCAUCGAGCUGGUAGGACUGCAAGAGCAGGCCAGACUGGGCGUUGCUUCACACUGAUGUCAGAAGAUGAGGUUCGACGAUUUAAGAAGUUGAUGCGAAAGGCUGAGGGUGGUUCUUGUCUAGACCAUAACAUUUCAUCCAGUCUAAUUGAAGCACUCAAUACUUCCUACCAAUCAGCACUGACAAAAUAUAAGGUGAUAAUUUCAAAGACACAAAAGAAACCCAAGAAGUAGAAUCUUCUCAGUUGAGCAGGGAAU